AUGCUGAGGUCCUAUGAUGCUGGAGGUCGCGCCUUGGUCGUUAGCAUCUACUUUGUGUUACCUUUAAGUUCGGCCAUUUCAAGAUGCCUUAGAAAAAUCAUCACUUACAAGCCUAGAAGAGCUCGAUGGCAACAGAUGACAGUGAGAGAAUCGGAUGCCAAUGAGCUGGAUACAUCGCCGGACUCCUUUGAUGCUCUUGAGGGUCUGGAUCCGUCGUUUUUGAAAGAAAAUGCAGAAUUGGUAGAUGCCUACAAGAAUAUAAGAUGGAACAGCGUACAAUCGCUGAACGCUCUAGUAGGUUGUAUCGAGAAAACGAUCCUAAAAUAUAAGAAUCCUAAUGAUGCUAUUAAGAGGGCGAUGGAGAGCAUAUACCGUCAGCUGCUGCAGAAAUAUCCGCUUCUCUUUGGUUACUGGAAAAGGUUUACCGCUGUCCAGUACCAGCUCUAUGGUCUCGAAAAAUCAAUAGCAACUCUAAAGGAAGCUCUAGAAAGCUUUCCUAACUCUCUUGAGCUUUGGUGUGAUUAUCUGAAUGUUCUAUGCGUUAACAGUGCGGAUAAAGUAGAGCUCAUACGAGAGAACUUUUUAAUGGCAAAAGAUAAGAUAGGAUAUCACUUUCUGUCGCACCCUUUUUGGGACAGGUACAUUGAGUUUGAGACUAAGCAUCAGGAAUGGAAUAGUUUGAAUUCAAUUUAUGCGGAGCUGCUAUGCAUUCCCCUGCAUCAAUAUGCCAGGUACGGUACAGCGUACAGAAAAUUUUUAGCAGAUCAUGUUGAGUUUACUCCUCAUAACAAUUUGGACGUCGAAAUCCGCAAAACUCAUGGCCUGGUAACUGCUGUUUGGCCUUUUGAAUCCAAGAUUAAGCAGGGUUUUUUUAAUGUUACACCGGUCUCCGACGAAGAGCUAGCCAACUGGGAUCGUUACUUGACGUAUGUCGAAGAGAACGAGGCCACUAAAGUUUUCCCAACAAAAUUUAUCGAGUCCGUUUUCCAGAGAUGUCUUGUACCAUGUCUCUACUACGAGCACUUUUGGAUAAAAUACCACAAUUGGCUCGAAUUGGCAAAGAAUUCUGACCUGCUUACCCUUAUUGACUCGUAUCAGCGAGGUAUAAGCAGGCUGCCGCGGUCCUCCAAGCAAUUUCGAUAUCGCUUUCUAGACUUUCUAAAGAAAAACUACAGGAAAGACAAGGAACUAAUACUUUUAAGUUUCACUCAAACAACUGCAGCAUGUAUCAAACUGUUUCCCAGUGAAACUUUCUUGAUUUCAGAGUACUUGGUUUUAUUGAAAAGAUCUCGUUUCGCCUCAAGUAUAAACCAAGAUGAGAAGGAAAUUCAUGGUCAACAAAUUUUGUAUGCAAAAGAAUUGGAGUCAGCAGUCAGUUCUUAUUUAAAUGGAACUGUGGAUAAGGGUAAACCUUUACAGGACAUGAUUAAUGACGUUAAUUUACCGACCGUUGUCGUGGAAUUGAUAAAGACAACGUGGUUAACCUUGAAGAAUUCGAUGCAGACGAGAAAAUAUUUCAACUUUUAUGGCAAGAAUCGAUUAUUUCGAUCUUCAACCGCGUUCUGGCUCACAUACUACAAGUUUGAAAAAUCAAACCAGAACUUUGCUAAACUGAAUAGGUUCAUUAACGAUUUGGGAACCGAAAUCAACCUCCCUGUUACCAUCAUAAACGAUAUUCUCAGGGAUUACAACUCCUUCUAUUUAGCGAACUCAAAUGCAGGAAUGUAUCAAACAGUUCGCAGUGCAGAGGAAGAUUACAAUAAAUUAUAUUCAGUGGACCCUAUACUGCUAUCCCGAUUCAAGAGAAAUGAUCCUCUGUGGGUUCCAGGUAGGUCACAGAACACUAGCAUUGCAGAUUGGUACAGAACAAAACAAUUCAGGGAGAACGGUCAUCCAGGCAUACUCAGUGAUAAACCCCAAAUUUCUAAUACAAUCGUAGAGUCCUCUACCAGAUCUCAAGGUAAUCGGCGACCUCCUUUGCCAUCAUUUAAAAAUCUCGAGAAGAUCAACCAACAACCAAGGUACGAAAAUUCUGAACUUCCACUUUCAUGUUGA